CGUCACACUCCUGACACUCUGUUUCAUGUCCAUCGUUCAUGCUGCUCCUUUCGUCCGCAAAAGAGCAGAAGCAUAUAAACUUGGUUGUCAUGAAUUCGCAUGGCUGCAGUAGUAGUGACCCCAAGAUGCAGGAACCGGGAGAGUAAAGAUCAGUGUGUGCGGGAGCCAAAGUACGGCCCCAGCCCCCCAGAGAGCCCAACCCAAAGCAGCAGACGCCAUGCCCAGGGUACAAGGGACUACCAGCCCCACGCAGUCAGGCCGGCCAGCACUGCCAGGUCACAGACAGAUGCGCCUGGCAAAGGACAAGGCACGGGAGAAGCAGGGAACAGCCAUCCAGCGAAAGACCACACCCCACAAGGGCAGAAAGGCAGGACGCCCCGCCCCGAGGGGCCCAGAGACUCCCCGCAGCCGGACGCGAAGACCGCCCCGCCCCUCCAGCAACUGGGACCCCACAAGCCCAACCCAUUCCAGGAGAGCACGGCGGGGUCCUCCCACACACCCAAGUCAGCCGCAGCAGAACCACCCAGCACUGGGCCACAGGAACCACCCACUUCUGCAGGGACCCCAACGAUGGUAGAUGGAACAUCCAGUAACUGCCCUGGUGGGUCGUCCCCCUGGAAGAAAAAGAAAAAGAGAUCACAGAAGCACUGCUGA